AAGUAAUAAUAGUAAUACAUGAUUAUACAGUGCAGUUAAAAUCUAGGAAGUACAACGAUUACUUUUAAAAUAACCUGUUGAGAUUGGUAAAUAAUGUUUACAAAGGGUUAUCAGAAUUCUUAUUCCAUUUCUAAAGCCAGACCUGAACAGGUGAACAAAGAAGAUGAAUGUUUAAUCAUCAUCAUCAUCAUCGUGGUACGUUGUUUUGAAGAAGGAGAAUCCAUGUUGAUCCAGUUAUUCUCGUUUAGCCGGAUAAUUUUUGAUCUUGGGUAUAUUUGACAAAUUGUGAUCUCAGAAAACUUCUGGAUAGCUUUCCGAACUAUGCGGAAAUCCUCAAAAUCUCGCUCAGAUAAUUCAUCAAGUUCCUCAGUAGCCGCAGAAAGACUCGCUGAUUAUCGCGGGGAUAGUAGCUGUGCUUCUGCAGGAUCGUCGAGCAGUAUCCCAUUCGGACCUGUUAGCCCUAAUGUUAGUCCUAGUACUCCUGAUACGGAGAGUACAUGUGGAAGUAGCCCAGGAACGUUUACAAAUUCUUCUUGUUCAGCAAUGUUGGAAAAAUUAAAUUUGUCGCAUGUUGGGGAAUCCGAACCUCACGAACCAGAGUCGUCAGGAUCGAGUACCAAAGAUGGUGGAAAAGAAAAGAAGCUGAGUUCAGGCUCAUUAGGCAGUGGAGAUGCUGCACGACCAAAACAAGUAACAGUUACGCAUCCAGGGACCAAUAAAGCCAAGCGAACUUCAAAAAAAAAGGGUUCCAUUCAAGCUGAUCUGGACGUUGCCAAAGAAUUUCUUCGUUGCAAGGAAGAAGGUUCAACCAGGCUGGACUUAAGUAAAUCAAGCAUAACUGUCCUUCCACCUUCAGUCAGAGAUCUAACUCAUCUCACAGAGUUUUAUCUGUAUGGCAACAAGCUGACAACUCUUCCCCCUGAAAUAGGUGGAUUAGUCAAUUUAAGAACUCUCGCUCUAAGUGAAAAUUCAUUGACAAGUCUGCCAGACACCUUGGUUAAUUUGAAAGAGUUAAAAGUUCUAGAUCUGAGACACAACAAGCUCAAUGAGAUUCCAGAGGUUGUGUAUAAGCUUACUUCGUUAGUCACACUGUAUUUGCGCUUUAAUCGUGUUCGAAUUGUGGGUGAAGAAAUCUCUAAUCUGACAAAUCUCGCCAUGCUCAGUUUGCGUGAAAAUAAAAUACAGGAGCUUCCAGCUGGUAUAGGGAAACUGACACAACUGGUUACAUUUGAAGCUUCUAACAAUCAUCUGAAGCAUUUGCCUGCAGAAAUAGGUAAUUGUGUCCAGUUAUCAACAUUAGAUGUCCAUCAUAAUGAAUUGGCUGACAUCCCAGACUCAAUAGGAAACCUUGUGAAUUUGACCCGCCUUGGCCUGAGGUAUAAUCAGUUGGCUGAAAUUCCAAGAUCUCUUAGUAGAUGUGUAAAUAUGCUGGAAUUUAAUGUAGAAAAUAAUAAUAUAUCUCAACUACCAGAAGGUUUAUUAUCAAGCCUUUGCAAUCUGACUAGCCUCACUCUGUCUCGUAAUUGCUUUACAUCAUAUCCUGUAGGGGGUCCUUCUCAGUUUUGUAGUGUUUAUACCGUGAAUUUAGAACAUAACCAGAUAAGUAAGAUACCCUUUGGAAUCUUUUCUCGUGCCAAAAAUUUGACAAAGCUCAAUAUGAAGGAAAAUCAGCUUACAUCCUUACCUUUGGACAUAGGAACCUGGACAAAUAUGGUUGAGCUCAACCUUGGUACUAACCAGCUAACAAAAAUUCCUGAUGACAUACAAUUUCUACAAUCCCUUGAAGUUCUCAUUCUCAGCAAUAACUUGCUGAAAAAGCUUCCUCAAACCAUUGGCAAUCUUCGGAAACUGAGAGUUUUGGACUUGGAAGAAAAUAAGCUGGACUCGUUGCCAAAUGAUAUAGGUUAUUUAAGUGAUCUCCAAAAAUUGAUUCUGCAGUCCAACAUGCUAACAACUCUACCAAGAGCAAUAGGGAGAUUAUCAAAUCUCACGUUGCUUAAUGUUGGAGAAAAUAACCUUACAUCUCUUCCUGAAGAAAUUG